UUUGGAGUAAAAUGGUAUUUAAGAAGGAUUAUUAGUAUUAUACUUCAACGUUAUCUUCUCCCUCAAUGAGCUGUGAUCACGUCUUUGCUUUCUUAAUCGAAUGAUUUCCUAUUAUCACAUUUUUAAAUCAUAUUCAAUUAUAACUACUUUUCUGGUCGCAUGAUUUUAUAUUUCGAUGUGGUUUGCGGGAUAAUUGUUAUGGUAUCCUUGUGCGGAGGUUUGUUUUUUUGUAAAUAAUGUCAUAUGCAACCAUUAUCAUGGUAAUAUCAAGCAUAAUUAAGAAUAAUAAGUGUUUAAAGUGUUAUAAAACAAAGUUUUAAAAUUAAAUUUUUGAAAGGUGAUCUUUCGAAAGAGAAUGUACCCGAAGUGUGUGAACUGUUUCAAGUAAUUCCAAUGAACAACUGAGUUCGGCAAACAACACAGGGUCUCGGCAUUCGGGCGUUGACGGGCAAAUGGGACAACAUUCACCUUUCUUUGUCUCCACAUCACACUCCUCGCACGCCUGUACAUAGCAGACGAGUUCCUCAUCUUCACAAUAACAUGUCUUGCAUGGAUCUGAAGUUUGGGGAGGAGGUCUUACUUGUGAAAUCUAGUCAUAGUCAACAAAAGAAGAUAAAGAAAGGACCAGUGAAGGAUGAACUUAAGGAGAACUUUGUAGACAUGAAAGCAGAGAUGGAGAGUGAUGUGUCAGACUUUGGGGAUGAUGUUGAAGAAUACAGAAAAAGAAUUGAAGAAAAUGUCCGUCAGAACCAGGAGUUUUUGAGGCAACUUGGAAUUGAUCAGGCCAAACAAGACUUACUGAAGUUUAAAGAGAAGCCAAGCAAGCCAUCUCAGAGGGGUCUUAAAAAGGAGAAGGUGCUAGUUGAGCUGUUACCAAGGCGAUCAAGUUUGCGACUUCAGAACAAAACCCCCGACGGUAUAGAGCUACCUCCGGAGGGUGUCAUAGCAAGAGCCCAGUUCUCUGUACCAGCACCCGAUGAACAUCCCCGUCCUCCGAAUGGCCCACUGGAUAUGAAGGAGACCCUGUAUAGAACAAGCUCCGAAGAUGACCACACAUCUAUAACGAAACAAAUUCUCAAGCAAAAGACAUGCACACACAAACCUGCCUCAGAAGACCUUCAGAGGUAUGUAGACAGAAUGAGUAAGGCACUUAUGUCUGCGGAGAGCGUUGUCAAGGUUACACCGGAGAGGUCGUUCUCUGUUGCCUUUCAUCCUGGGAAUUCUCGUCUACUGGCCGCCACUGGGGAUAAAUGGGGGAAACUUGGAAUCUGGGAUGUGGAAAGUGAAGAGAGCUCUGAAUCAGAUGGUGUUGUCUGCUACUGCCCACAUUCCCGACCCAUCUGUGGGCUCGAGUUUCCCGUUUUUGCGACACAUUCCGUCUACACAUGCAGUUACGAUGGGUCACUCAGACACGGAGACUUGUACAAGGAAGUCUUUGACGAGGUGUACAGCCUUCCAGGUGUAUUGCGCAAUUUCAGCUUCACCUCCCCAAACACAAUGCUCGUGUCACAGAACACUGGUCGUGUAGCAUUAGUGGACACUAGAACUGCCUCGACCAGUGCAGAACACACCUAUGAACUGGCUGACCAGUCCCUUCGCACUGUCAGUGUACAUCCCACACAGAAGGAUUACUUCUGUACGGCAGGAGUUGGAGGGGUUGUUUGUGUGUGGGAUUUACGGAAAGUCAGUGUGAAGAAGAGCAAGGCAAUCGUGACACUAGAGCAUUCUGGGAAAACCUUGAACAGCGCAUACUUCUCCCCGGUAACGGGCAAAUACAUCCUCACAACCUCUAUGGACGACACACUCAAAAUCUUCAACUCAUCUGUGAUUGACUCAAACAUGAAACUAAGAAAGAGCAUACCCCACAACAAUCACAUAGGGCGCUGGGUGACAGGUUUCAGUGCGAGCUGGCACCCUGCACGGGAAGAUGUGUUUGUGGUUGGCAGUAUGAACAGACCUAGAGAGAUCACCCUGUUCAGUGAUGAGGGAAAACGCUUGCACUCGUUUAAAGAUGACACCUACUUGGGUUCUGUAUGUUCCCUAAAUGCCCUUCAUCCUACACGAGAUGUCGUUGUGGGGGGAAACAGCAGUGGCAGCCUACAUGUGUUUAAGUUAAAUCUCUUAUAACAUACUUGAUUGCGAUGUCAGUGUUGGAAAAAAAACAGUAGUGGCAGAUUUCAUAUGUUCAAGUGAUAAUCUCAUUUAACAACCUUGCACGAGAUGUCGUUGUGGGGGCAAUACGUUGUGGCAGACAACACAUGUUCAUGUGAUCAUCUCCAGACCCUUUUAGGUCAAUUUUGGGGGAAAGAACCUGGACAAUUUGAGAAUAUUUGUAACUUACCGGGUAAUAUUUGUCAAUUUUGGAACAUAAAUAAUUGCACAAAUUAAAAUUUGGGAUAUUUUUAUAGAUAUACAAUAGAACUAUAUAUCGUUUCAAUUAUUCAAGACCAAGUGUCUCCACAAUUACCUCUAGAAUCAUUUGACCAAGUUCAGUGAAACUACAAUAAAAACGUUUUUUUUUACAUGUGCCAUGAAACUAUGUUGGUUAGUUGAACUUGACCAGAAUAUGACUGUAUGGUUUGAAAAACAUUGUCCAUACAAAAGCUUGUGAACUGUUUAACCUGUGGUUGUACCUCACUCAUGCAUGACCCCAAUUGUAUCCUGUCUUGAGGUUGGUGGGUCAAAGGUCAAGGUGUUGGAAAAAAUGUGAACAGUUGAACUGUAAUCUAAAAUAAGAUGAUAUACCUCUGUAUGGUAUAUAUCAUGAAAAUGUUGCUGUUGUAAAUUGAAUGUGAUAUUGUUUUGUUCACUUAUUAAAAUUAUGAUGUAUUAUUUUAGAGCCAAUAAUGUGUUCAUUUUUUAU